GUUUAAUCUAGGAUGGUUUCGCUUACUUGAUAUAUUUCAAGAAAAGAAGGAGGAAGUGGCCAGGUGAAGUGGCAAUAACGUUAUGAUUUAAAACACAUGUUCGUCUUUGCAGAUCCUCAUUGAUUGAAAGUAGACGAAAUGUUGACGCUCUUGACAACUGUUGGAUAUUUUUUGGUCACAUACGCACAGGUACAAGAACCCUGUGGCUAUGAUGCCCUUCCCCGACCCACGUACCUGCAAGGGCGUAUCCUGAACGCCCCAAUUGCAGGGGUCUGCGACUGGCCGUGGAUGGUGGCUGUUCGUGAAAACGCCUUCCCAAACCUUCGCCUAUGUUCGGGGGUUCUCAUAGGAAGAGACAAGGUCAUCACAACCGCUUCCUGUGUGAUGAGACUGAACAACCCGGCGGCGUCACCUCUACAGGUGAUUGUAGGUGAACACGACAUCACAGCGGACUACGAGAACCUCUACGGAAGGAACAACGACACCAUCGUCUUGGUCCGAAGCGUCGUCACCCACCCACAGUUCUCCGGAAAAGCCAACGACAUCGCCGUGAUACGUCUACGAGAGCCUGUGACGUACGGAGACUGCGCGCUGCCCGCCUGUCUCCCCACAUCCCGUGCCCCAGGGGACUGCGGUCACCAGGUGGUUGACAAGUGUGCAUACGCCGGGUGGGGGCUCUAUACCGACCGUUCCUUCUUACGUUCUGCAAAGAUGCGAGCAGCAUGGGGCAGGUACUACGACCAAGAGUUGUGCUCCACUAUAUACCGUUUGGGCCGUAACAACCUCAACCCUGCCAACACCGUCUGCAUAGAUCCCAAAAUCCAGGACCAGAGACCAUGUCAGGGUGACGAGGGUGGAAUGGUGGCUUGUGCUGAAAGAGGACGAUGGAUUCUGGAGUCUCUUAUCAACGAGCCCAGCUGCCAGGACACCUAUCCAACUUUGGGCGUCGACCUGCGCGCCUCCACCAUCAUCAACUUCAUCAAUUCAAACUGAAACAUUGUCCCUUUCAAGAAGAGCCAUCGAACUAAUCAGUACCAGUGCUGCAUAUUAGAUAUGUAUAUACUUGAUCAUGUAAUAAAUGUGUCGAUGGAAAGUA